AUGACGACUGCACACCGCCCGACUUGGUACGCCGCUGUAGGUCAAUCAAAUGAAGGAGGAUGGCAAGCUGGAGGCAAACUAAGCGAUCAGAUCUCAGCGCGCGACCUGCCAGCACAUAAGCAUUUGAAAAUCCGCCAAGUUGGACAGGGCACGGCCAAUGAGGUCGAAUUGCUGGACUUGCGUCAUGAACUGGAGCGGAAAGAGAAGAAGUACGAGCUGGAAAGAGGUGCUAAUAAAGACACGGCACAAGAUAAAUUACGACGUCUGGAGCAGAAUAAAAAGAUUCUGCUGCUUGGUGACGCUGAGGCGGAUGCGCGUGAGUCGCAGCUAGUAAAAGUGGCGAGCAAAUACAAUGACGCAGAUGAUGGUGCGGGCUCAGAUGAGUCAAGCGAUUCUGAUAGUGACAGUAAUGACGAAGACGAAGAGGCCGAACUUAUGAGAGAGCUUGAAAAAAUCAAGCGAGAGCGGGAAGAAGAACGGCAACUUAAAGAGGAAGAGGAACGAAAGGGUAUUGAACAACAAUCCCGAGAGAAAAUACUUCAAGGUAACCCAUUGACUCAACAGCAAGCUACAGGUAGCGCCAAGAUGAAGCGUCGGUGGAAUGACGAUGUGGUUUUUAAGAAUCAAUCUCGCAGCGAGCCGGAGGUCAAGAAGAGAUUUAUUAACGACACGAUCCGCAAUGAUUUUCAUCGCCGCUUCCUGAACAAGUACAUUCAGUAA